UAUAUAAAUACCUAACAGAUACUAAUUUUCAUUUUGGGAAUAAUAUUAAAGGUUAUUUUAAACAUUAAAUUAAUCACAAUUCACAUUGUACUGAAAUAAAAUUUAACAAUACCAAUAUGUCUCAAAAUUGUUCUACUAAAAACGAAAAUAGACUUUUAGAGUUAACCGUUAGUAACGAUCAACUAACUCAAUUGCAUGAUUCAAAUAUAUUAGAAGACAAUAAAAAUACUAUAAAAAAGGUUACGUCUUUAAAUACCAGCAGGUUGGAAACGAAGCAUAAAAGCAAUACUUGUCAAAAAACAUACAAAGUAAAACUUAGUAAUUACAAAAAACAUCAGAAUGCAUUCAGUACAGCAUAUAAUGAAUUAAAAAUGAGCUACGAAUCGAUUAAAAAAUUUAAAAAGGAUUCAUUAUCUGAUAACAACAUUUCAGAGUUUGGAGAACUUGAAGAACUUGAUUACAUAAUUCAUAACACUUUGCAAGACAAAUUUGGUAAAACAUUCUUGAAACCAGAAGCUCCAUCCAAAAAAGAUCAUGCAGUUUUUGUUUUCAAUCGUAAUAAACCAUUAUUGUGUGUAGAUAUUAAUUCCACAACUGGUUAUCAAAAGUUAGAUUCAUCAAUAGAAGAGGCAUAUAAAUAUGUAUGGAAUAAUUAUUUGGCCGUAUCUGAAAAGAACAUGAAAUAUCAUUUUUGGCUUCAAAAUAUUAUUAAACCAAAUGAAUUCUUUGAUUUACACUCCGUUAGAGAAUACUUAUUACAAAAUAUGUUUAAUAAAGAACAGACUGCUGAAAAAUUAGAAACAAAAUUGAAUGAUUUUUAUAAUAAUUUACAUUUAAAAUUUAUAAAUAUAAUAAAUGACGUCGAUGAUAUUCAUAACCCAGAAAAAAACGCUAUUAGAAAAAAUGAACACGAAGAAUUGGAAACAAAUGCAGAAAAUAAACUUCAGAUGGCUAUUGAAGAGCAUAAACAAAAAAUGGAUUUGAAAAUAAAAAUGUUAGAAAUCGAAAAUGAGAAUUUAAAACAAAAGGAAACUGAAUGUGCAACACAAAUGAGAAUUUUGUUAGGAGAACUGUCAUUUAGAAACAAUAAAUUGAAUAAUGCUAAAGACCGAGUAACAUUAUUAACAAAAGAAAAAAAUGAUCUAAUUUCUAUGAUUCAAAAAAUGGAAGUAAAAGAUGAAAAUUAUCUAACACUUAAAAAUAAAAUUGCACAAGAGCAAAAAAAAAAUCAAAAUUUAAGAAGUAUUUUAGCUGAAGAAUAUGAAAAAGAAGAUAAUUCAUUUUUAAUAAACAAAAUCUGAUCUAAAUAAUUACAUUUUAAUGUAAGUGAAUAAAAAAUAAAUGUUUCUGGAAAAC